AUGAGAGAGCUGCGCCAGCCUGAGGCAGACCUUCAGGCCCCAGUCCAGGCCCAGGGCCCGGUGGAGGCGCAGCUGUUCGGGGCUGCGGGGGAGGAGGCCGCAUCCCCCUCGCCCUCCUCCUCCUCCUCCUCCUCUUACCCUGUCCUGUUCCAGGUCACCCUGGAGGAGGGGACUGAUGCUGGGGAACCCAGUCCCCCCCAGAGCCCCUCCCCUACUGCCAUGGCCGCCACUCCGUGGAGCCAAUCUGAAGACGAUGACUCCAGCAGCCAAGACGAGGAGGGGCCGAGCACCUGGCAUGACCAGGAAGAUGCGGAUCCCUUGCACCUAGACCCACUACCACUGAAGGUGGCUGACCUGGUGGCAUUCCUGCUCCUCAAGUAUCGCACCAAGGAGCUGACCUCCAAGGCGGAGAUGCUGAAUAUCGUCUUCAGAGACCACUGGGACCAGUUCCCCAUGGUCUUCAGCCAAGCUUGCGAGUGCAUGCAGCUGGUGUUUGGCGUGGACGUGAAGGAGGUGGACCCCCACGAGCGCACCUACGUCCUGGUCCCCACCCUGGGCCUCACCUGUGAUGCAGUGCUGAGCGAUGGGCAGAGCAUGCCCAAGGCCGGCCUCCUGGUGAUGCUCCUGGCCUGAUCCCCUGAGGGCGACCCCGCCCCUGAGGAGGAGGUCUGGGAAUUGCUCAGCAUCAUAGGGGUGUAUGCAGGGAAGCAGCACUGCAUCUACGGGGAGCCCAGGGAGCUCCUCACCAAAGUGUGGGUGCAGGAGGGCUACCUGGAGUACCGGCAGGUGCCCCACAGCGACCCCGCCCGCUACAAGUUCCUGUGGGGUCCCCGGGCCCACGCGGAGACCAGCAAGUGGCAGGUCCUGGAGCAUCUGCUCAGGGUCAGUACCGUGGGUCCCACAUGUGCAGAGGGUGUGAGCGAUGAGGAAGAGGGGGCCUGA